GCUUAACGGAACAUCAUUGGAACAUCAUCAGUGGCUGACGAAGAAAAUAAAUGGACCCAAAAAUGAAUAUCAUUCGUAAUGACUUCAAAAUUAUGCCUCGAUCUAUGGUGUGCGAGGACAGCAAUCUGCGGGGUGACAUCACGGUUUCCUCCGGCUGUGUCAUCCAUCCGUGCUCUACAAUCAUUGCCGAGUCGGGCCCGAUUAUUCUUGGUGAGAACUGCAUCGUAGAGGAGUAUGCCACGGUACGCUACUUCAUACCAGAGAAUCAUCCGGCGAACGAUGACCGCAACGAAGACGGCACAGUGAAACCGCUCAUAAUCGGUCCGGACAACGUGUUCGAGGUUGGCUGCACGGUAGAGGCCCUCUCCAUUGGCGAACGGAAUGUAUUUGAAUGCAAGAGCUACGUUUCAGCUGAUGUUACCGUUGGUAGCGGCUGCGUCGUAGGAGCCGGUUGUCGGCUGGUCGGCAAACAGACCUUAGCGGAUAAGACUAUUUUGUACUCGGGCCAGUGCCUGCAGCGGGAAGCGAUGGAUAAGCAGAAGUCGCAAAUGAUUCAACUUGACUAUCUUCGGAGAAUCCUCCCGAACUACCAUCAUCUUCGGAAAGUAAAUCACGACCCAAAGAAGGCGAGGGCUCAGGUGUAAGGCGCAGAAGGCUAGUCCGUUAGUUUGGUCGUACUAUUCCGUUCCAUUUUGUCUUUGUUGUACGUAAAUUGAAUCACAAUAAUUUACUUAACGUUAUCAUCUGCAAUCUUCGUCGUGAUAAUUUCGUAAAAAUGUAUCUUUUUCUAAUUAAUAAAAUUUG